AUAACAUUCACACCCAAAUAUUAAGCAAAGCAAAAGCUCAAAUAUAUUAAGGACUACAUAAUGAGAAAUGUGAGAGACACCAAUUCCUUUUCCUCUUCUCACUUGGCGUAUGUAUGCUACUUUAGACACGACAAACAUUCAAUAUAUAGAUUGACUAUGCAGGGAAUAUGGAUGUGCAUGACGGAAAUGGGAGAAUGGAAACUUCUGCUGGAGGGGAACCAAAUACAUGUAUUGUUGUUGUUGACACAAAUCAAGAACCAUGUGUGGGUAUGCAUUUUGAAUCAGAAGAAGCUGCCAGAGCAUUCUAUGAUGAGUAUGCCAAACGAGUAGGAUUUGGAACCCGUGUAUUGUCAUCCCGAAAGUCUGAGCGUGAUAGGUCAAUCAUCUCCCGUGGACUUGGUUGUAGAGGGGCUUCUGUUAAUCGAAAGCAAGGUGGGCAGCGAGAGGUUUGUACAGCAAUGAUUCUGUUGAAGAGAGAGAAAUCUGGGAGAUGGGUGGUUAGGAAAUUUGUGAGGGACCAUAAUCAUCCAUUGAUGGUUCAAUUGCGAAAGAGUCGUCGAACGCUUGAUGAGAAGGAUAGGAAAAUUCUGGAAUUAUCGGCGGAACUGCGAGCUAAGAAGAGGUUAAGUGCAGCAUAUAGAGAGCAACUACUUACAUUUAUGAAAGAUGUUGAAGACCAUAAUGAGCACCUAUCGACAAAAGUUCAAUUAGUUUUUGACAAUCUAAGGGAGUUUGAAGCCAAAAGGAAAAAGGUCUCAGACCACAGAUAACUUCUACAUAUGGAAUGGAUGAGCUGGAGGAAGCACCAAUAGAGAGCUGCAGAGCGUCUUAUAUUUAUGUACUAAGCAAGCAUCUACAGAUCUGCCAUAAAGAUAGUGACAGAAUUUUUGUUGGCAUAAGAGCUCACAGUAGCCAAUGUGUCCUUAGAUUUACUUUAUGUUGAAGUAGCAAAAGAAGGUUAUGCAUUUAAAUAGAAAGAUGUUUAUAUAAGCCUUUGUAAUUAUGCAUAAGGCUUAUUUUCUAAGAGAUCUAUAUGGCCAAAAUUCUUCAUCAUUGUUGACCUUUAUGAUUGUAACCUGUAGAAAUGGAACUAGCAUCUUAGCGAUGACAUAUAAUACAUCCAAGAAUUGAACUUGCAUAGGACUCAUUUACUUUAUUUUCCUUGAAAAGCAAAUUUAUUUGAGUUUUUCUUUAGUAAAA